CAUCUGAGAACAUGGGGCAAUCUACAAGUGGCUUACACUGACAAAGCGGACUAGAACAUAGAAGAUCAUUUAAACACAGAAGAGACCGUGUUUAAGACUAUCUUCAGUGAAGCUGCUUAUGCCUCUCCUCUCCCUUCAUGUGUGUGUAAAUCCCUAUACCUACCAGCUAAACAGUUCAGCAUCUGAGAACCUGGGGCAAUCUAGAAGUGGCUUACACUGACAAAGCCGACUGGAACCUACACGAUCAUUUAUACACAGAAGAGACCGUGUUUAAGACUAUCUUCAGUGAAGCUGCUUAUGCCUCUCCUCUCCCUUCAUGUGUGUGUAAAUCCCUCUACCAACCAGCUAAACAGUUCAGCAUCUGAGAACAUGGGGCAAUCUACAAGUGGCUUACACUGACAAAGCGGACUAGAACAUAGAAGAUCAUUUAAACACAGAAGAGACCGUGUUUAAGCAGACUAUCUUCAGUGAAGCUGCUUAUGCCUCUCCUCUCCCUUCAUGUGUGUGUAAAUCCCUCUACCAACCAGCUAAACAGUUCAACAUCUGAGAACCUGGGGCAAUCUAGAAGUGGCUUACACUGACAAAGCCGACUGGAACAUAGAAGAUCAUUUAAACACAGAAGAGACCGUGUUUAAGGUAUCAUAGCUGAGACCAGAUCCUUAUAAGAAACAUCAAGAGGGAGAACCUACAAGAAGCCAGAAGAUGUGCUGCCCUGCAGAAGCUGGCUCAAAUUCAUCUUGGAUAUGUACUCUAUACAUUUUUUAAAUUAGCUAAGACAAUAAUACAAGAGCCUUGAGCAGUUUCUAAUAUCACCUGUAUGAAAAGACAAAUUAUCCAUUGGACUAAUUAGUAUGUUAAACAUGCAUCAUUUUAAUUUACAAAGUUGUGAACUGAUUGUUUAAUGUAUAUAUUCUCGGCAACACAGAAACAAAAUCCCUCCUCCUUAGGUUCUGGAGUUAGGUAUGAGAGGUAUGAGAUUUGAUACUAAAGCUAGUGGCGGAACCAGGGUGGAGUCUCUUUGCUAGCUCCACCCCCUUCUCUCCGCAAGUCUCGGCCAAGUCUAUUGGCCAAAUGUCUCAUCCCCCUCCGUAAUUUGAAAGAUGCCAGGUGCACCCCUGUGAAAGUGUAAUUCAGCCAAAAAACUAGUGACACGAAACCAACACACCGGAACAAUUACCCCUGGUUAUUCGUUACAUCUCACAGACAUUAGUUACAUUUAUCUUAAACUGAAAUGGCUCAGAAAAGACAGAGUGAUGAGCCAUUGGACAGAGCCCCCAAAAGGUCACCAGUUUCUGAUUCAAUGGACUCAACCCCUACCAAUAUAGCUCAUGAACUGAAUGCCAGAUCCCCUGGUUUUGUUCCCCCACACCUCCCACAAAUUAACAACACAGAUAAUGGGCAGUCGCAGAACCUGCCUUCACUGCCUUUAACAGUCGGUGAAAAUGAUGCUCAUUCAUCCACUAAUGAUGCUCAGCAAAUGGAUCCUCUUGGUGCUUUGAAUGCGUAUUUAGAGAGACUUCAGCAAGGUGACGAUGGCAUAGACAGAUCCAUAAGAGUGAUUAAUCGAGCAAAGUUCAAUACAACUGAAAUUAGACAGCGGUUGGACAUGAGUCGGGAUGAUGUGAACGACUAUGCCGUCUUCUAUGCUAUGAUUUUAGAGGCAAUAGAUGGACUUUCAAAGAAAAUGACAGAACUGGCCGGUGCUAAUGAUGUAAGACUGUUACAGUUGGAGGGUGACUUUGUGUUCCCAGUCUCAGCCCGUUUGCCAAAUGGAGAAGUGGAACCUAACACAUUUUUUUCGUUAAUCGAGCAGGUGGUCCAGAGUAACCAAGAAAUAUUGACUGAUGACACCCUAGAGCUUGUUGUACAAAUCGUGCACAAUCUUGAGGGUGGUGUUGGUCCACGUAGAAAGGUGACAGAUAUCUUGGAUAGUGAGCUAAUUAAGAAAAAGUGUAGGCACCUCAUUGUACUCACUAACAAAGACAACAACAUUUGCUUUGCCACUUGUGUAGUAAUGCUUUUAGAUCCAGGAUUGACUACGAGUGACGCUGAGCAGAAAGGCAGAGAUCUGCAGACUUCAGUUGGGUUAUCUGAGCUCACUAAGGUUUCUUUAUCAGACAUUAACAAAUUUGAGAAGAAUCUGGGUGUUAAAAUAGUGGUAUUUUACCGUGAACGGUCAGAUAUAAAACACUUUAAAACACCUUUAAAAAAACCUUAUGCCAGAACAGUGUUUCUGUACCUGCAUGAUGACCAUUACUAUGGUAUCAAAAACCCAAAGGGGUUUCUGGGAGUUAGCUAUUUUUGCAACUUUUGCUAUGCUGGCUAUAGCAAAAAGAAUGACCACAAGUGUGAGAAUUGCUGCAAUGUCUGUCAUCAUGCUACGUGCCCAGAUCAGCCAAAGCAGACCAUCCAGUGUACAGAGUGUUUGCGUAUCUGCCGAUCUAAAUUCUGCCAUACACAGCACAAAGUUCGUCAUUUGAAUAAAGCCUCUGGUAAAAUGUUUUCCACGUGUGAUGUAACCAAAUACUGUUCCCAGUGUAACAGAUGUUACACUAUUAAUGUGGCCAAUCCGAAGGAGCACAAAUGUGGAGCUAAUCGAUGCCACUGCUGUAAAGCUGUUAAAAUGGAAGAAGAAGGCCAUCAGUGUUUCAUUCAAAAACUUGAACCCGAGGAGCCUAGUGAGAAGUACAUCUUCUAUGACUUUGAGACAAGACAAGACACAGAUGAGCACGUUCCCAACUUUGUGUGCUGUAUGGAUUUCCAUGGGGAAACCUGGACUGCAGAGGGAGAGGACUGUGUUAAAGCCUUCUAUAAAAAAUACAGAACAAACAAGUACAACGGCUAUACAUUCAUAGCCCACAACUCAAAGGGAUAUGAUGGGUAUUUUUUGAUGAACUAUCUAGUCGACAACUUGAUUACACCAAAAAUCACAGCACAAGGCAGCAAGCUUAUAUGCAUUAUUGACAAAGACUUUAGACAAAGAUACAUUGAUAGUCUCAGUUUUUUAUCAAUGAAGCUGAGUGACAUGCCAGAGGCAAUGGGCUUUGAAAAUGACAAGAAGGGAUAUUUCCCACAUUGGUUUAACACACAGCAAAACCAGAAUUACAUUGGCAAGUACCCCUCCCCUGAAUUAUAUGGUGACAGAACCAUGAUGAAGAAAGAGAGGGAGAACUUUCUGCAGUGGCACAAAUCAAAAUCUGAAUCAAAAUCUGAGUUUGACUUCAAGAAAGAGAUGGCAGAAUAUUGUAAGAAUGAUGUGAUCAUUCUGCGGAAAGCAUGCUUACGGUUUAGGGAAGAGGUCCUUCGCACUACAAAGGUUGACCCACUGCAAUGUGUGACUCUUGCUUCCCUGUGCAUGAAAAUCUACCGCACAAAAUUCUUACCCGAAAAUACCAUUGCCAUUCCCCCAUUAGACAAUUACAUCCAAAGUCAGAAGACUUUUUCUACUCCAUCUAUUCAAUGGUUGGAGUAUUUGUCUCACAAGGAAAAACGAUCCAUAAAGCAUGCUCUGAACGAUGGAGAAAAACGGGUGGGCAAGUACUCGUUGGAUGGUUUCUCAGAGGAUGAUGAUGGCACCACAGCCUAUGAGUACGCUGGCUGCUAUUUUCAUGGUUGCCCGGACUGUUACGACUAUAAUGCUCUUUGUAAGCAGACCAAAAUUACCUUUGGUGUCAUGCAUCAGCGUUUCCAGGACAAAAUCAGCUCGUUGCAAAAGGACCACAAUUUGAAUGUGAAGGUAAUGUGGGAUCAUGAUUGGAAUGAUCUCAAAAAGACAGAUCCAGAGGUCCAGACGUUCUUGAGAACCUUUGAAAUGCCUGAGCCCAUGGAACCCAGAGAUGCCUUUUUUGGGGGUAGGACGAACGCACUCCACCUGCAUUACAAAGUGCAACCAGGGGAGACAAUCCAAUACUAUGAUUUCACGUCACUUUAUCCCUUUGUAAAUAAGGCAAAGGCUUACCCCAUCGGACACCCUAACAUAAUUGCACGUGAAUUUGAGCCACUAGACAAAUACUUUGGUUUCGUCAAAGCCAAAGUAUACCCCCCAAAGGGUCUGUAUCUUCCUGUGCUACCAUAUCGUGCUGCUGGCAAGCUCAUGUUUCCACUCUGCAGAAUCUGCUCUGAGUCAGAGAAUCAAGAGACUGAGUGUACUCACUCAGAUGAGGAAAGGGCUCUAACUGGAGUAUGGUGUACUGUUGAAAUGGCUAAAGCCAUUGAGAAGGGGUACAAAGUUGCCAAACUGAUUGAAGUGUGGCAUUUCCCCGAAAAGUCUGAAUCUCUCUUCGCUGAGUAUGUCAAGACCUUUCUAAAAGACAAACAAGAGGCCAGUGGGUGGCCUCAUAGUGCAGCUGAUGAAGUUAGCAAAGAAGCGUACCUUCAGAGAUAUGAGGAAACGGAAGGUAUUAAGCUGAACCGUGAAAAGAUUGUUGUCAACAAGGCCAUGAGAAAAAUUGCUAAGCUUUUUCUGAACAGUCUUUGGGGAAAGUUUGGCCAAAGAGCAAAUCAAAUGAACACAACUUUGAUUAAAGAUUUGCAAGAACUUCUGAACUGUGUGUUCUCUCCUGAGAUAGAUGUUUCUAAUAUCUCUUUCUUGAAUGAUGAUGUUGUCAUGGUGAAUUGGAAGUACAUUGAGAAGCGCCACAGUUCUCCUGGUCCUGUUAAUGUUUUCAUUGCUGCUUUCACAACUGCCUAUGCUAGACUGGAGCUCUACGACCUCAUGGAAAAACUGCAGAAACGAACGCUGUACCAUGACACAGACAGUGUCAUAUUUGUGAGUAGGCCUGGAGAUUGGAUGCCAGAGCUAAAUGAGUUCUUGGGGGGCCUGACGAGCGAGUUAGAUCCAGGUGAUCACAUUGUGGAGUUUGUAUCGGGUGGACCAAAGACAUAUGGAUACAAAACACACAAUGGAAAGAAAUGCAUGAAAGUUAAGGGGAUCACAUUACAUCAUUCCAAUGCAGCUUUAGUACAUCUGGAGUCUCUCAUAGGAUUGGUCAAUGACUUUCUUAGAGAUAGGGACAAUUCAGAUGAGAUAUCGACACAGAAUACCCAGAUUGUCAGGGACAAGAGGAGAUUCACUUUAAAAAACCGCUCUGCCCCAAAACGAUUUAGAAUAGUGUAUAACAAGCGGAGGCUUUUCCCAGACUACAGUACACUGCCCUAUGGGUACUAGGUUCUCUGUCUGUACUAUGCCAUUCUUGAAAAGUGUAUUUAAUCAAUCUAAUGGAAGAAAAUCACUAUUCUGUGAAGAAUACCUGUAUAUGUUGCCUAUGAACAUUGUUGUAAUUAUGAUAGCACUGGUGGGAUUGUCAAGACCCUCGAUUAUGAUUUCUGGGCAAAAGUACAGAACAUUGCAUUUGUUUAUGCAAUCCUUAUCUCAUAGCUUGUGGUAAAGUAUAUAGAGGUUUUAUGUAAAUGUACCAUAUUCCUUAUUAUAUUGAACAUUAUUUGUUGUAUCUGACUGUUACUUUCUUUUUGUAUUUUUAUACGAUAUGUGAUUAUUUUUUAAAACACAAUUAUUUUUGUUUUACUUUUUAGGCCAUAUUUAUACUGUGUGUGUAUAUAUUUUCAAUAUUGUACUAUCACAUUUUUGAAUUGUCACAUUAUUUUUUACUUAUUUAAAAUCUGCAAAAGUAAUUAAAUACAUUUUAGAGUGGAAGCUAUUUCACAUGUUAUCCUGUCUAGGAUGAGGGUGCCGCUAGCGGCACUCCCCCCCCACCCCCACUGAAAAACCAGUGCCGCGAAAUUCAAAAAAUUUUUUUUUUUUAAAUAUUUAACUUUCACACAUUAAAGUCCAAUACAGCUAAUGAAAGACACAGAUCUUGUGAAUCCAGCCAACAUGUCCGAUUUUUAAAAUGUUUUACAGGGAAGACACAAUAUGUAAAGAUGUACAUCUAUUACCUAAAAACACAUUAGCAUAAUCCACCAUCUUUUAUUUGUCCACCAACACCAGUAGCUAUCACCAAUUCGGCUAAACUAAGAUAUUUAUAGCCCCUAACCAAGAAAAAAACUCAUCAGAUGACAGUCUGAUAACAUAUUUAUGGUAUGGGAUAGGUUUUGUUAGAAAAAAGUGCAUAUUUCAGGUAGAUGGCAUAGGUUACAAUUGCACCCACCGUCACAAAUGGACUAGAAUAACUACAUAGAGCAACGUGUUUACCUACUUACUAAUCAUCAAACAUUUCGUAAAAAUACACAGCAUACACUAAUCGAAAGACACAGAUCCUGUGAAUACAGACAAUAUUUCAGAUUUUCUAAGUGUCUUACAGCGAAAACACAAUAAAUCGUUAUAUUAGCAUAGCACAUAGCACAUAGCAGCCCAGCAUUGAUUCUAGCGAGCGUGAGUGAGCGAUAAGUGAGCGAUAACGUCAACAUCGCCAAAAUAUAUUAAUUUUUUCACUAACCUUCUCAGAAUUCUUCAGAUGACACUCCUGUAACAUCAUAUUACACAAUCCAUAUAGAGUUUGAACGAAAAUGUUUAUAUUUAGCCACCAAAAUCCUGGUUAGACAAUGUGAAAUGUAGCCCAGCUGGUGAGAAAAUGUCCGUGCGCCAUAUUAGACAGUGAUCUACUCUUAUACAUAAAUACUCAUAAACGUGACUAAAAAAUAUAGGGUGGACAGGGAUUGAUAGACAAUUUAAUUCUUAAUACAAUCGCGGAAUUACAUUUUUUAAAUUAUCCUUACUUUUCAAUACAGUUUGCGCCAAGCGAAGCUACGUCAAAAAACAUGGCGUCCUAAGCCACUAACAUUUUUCGACAGAAACACGAUUUAUCAUAAUAAAAAUGUCCUACUUUGAGCUGUUCUUCCAUCAGUAUCUUGGGCAAAGGAUCCUUUCUUGGGUCUAAUCGUCUUUUGGUGGAAAGCUGUCCUCUUGCCAUGUGGAAAUGCCAACUGCGUUCGGGAUGAACUGGAAGCGUGCCCAGCAAUUCACAGCGUUUCAGAAAUAAAUGUCCCAAAAUCGCACUAAACGGAUAUAAAUUGCUAUAAAACACUUUAAAUUAACUACCUUAUGAUGUUUUUAACUCCCAUAACGAGUAGAAACAUGACCAGAGUAAUAUUACUCCCUCCACUAAUGCUUGGAACAAGUGCGGGUCGAUGUCCUCCAGGCGCAUUACGCAGCAAGAAAAGAGUUCCUAGCUACAGGGUUUUUUAAUUUGUAGUGCCUGUGAACGCGCAAUCGACCCCAUUCAAAUCGUCAUCACCUAAAGGCAUCCAGGGGAAGACGUAAGCAGUGUCCGUAUACUCAUAGCAAUAACUGCGGCCUUUUAACUGACUCCAGACCAGGGGCCAACAUUUCUGAAAUCUGACUCCAUGUCAGGGAAAUUGCUGUAGAAUGGGUUCUGUUCCACUUAGAGACAAAAUUUAAACUCCUAUAGAAACUAUAGACUGUUUUCUAUCCAAUAAUAAUAAUAAUAUGCAUAUUGUACGAUCAAGAAUUUUGUGGGAAGCCGUUUCAAAAAUUACACGAUUAGCAUAAAUAGUGACAACAGCGCCCCCAUCCUCAACAGGUUAUUAUGGCAUAAUAAAUUCCAAUUUACCCAAUAAAUGACUGGGAGUUUA